AUGCAUCAUAUUGCAUUCAUAAAAAGUGUCAAAACCAAGUCUCAUACUCUCCUCAUUUCUGUCUCAGAAAAAAGCAAAGUGGCCCGGCGUAUUCAGUACAAACCUACCCGUGUUCACCGUACUCGAGCAUACAUCAAGAAGAAGAUGGCAACUGCUGAACAAGAGAACAGUGACCUUAGGGAGGAGGUUAGUAACCUCAAGGAAGGUAUGGAGAAGAUAACCGCAAUGAUGAUUGACAUGAUGGCCGCACAGGCACAAGCCUCUCAAGCGCAAAAUGCUCAGACCACUCAGGCACAUGUUGAAGCUUCUCAGUCUGCUGGUUCUCCUGCAAUCCAGCCAAUUCCUACUACUUCUGCUGAUACUUCACAACCAAUUCCUACUGGUUCCACCGCAGCUGUUGGUACUACACAACCUUUGGUGACUGACAUGUACAAUUCAGGCUUCCAUCCCGUUGGACCUUCCGGUUUCUCUUUCCCUCCUCAGUACUGUAUGCCGCCAGGCUACCCGUGGGACAUGCCGCUCGCAACUAAUGAAGGUUUUCGUCAUAAUGCGCCGGAAAUGCAGUUCCCUCUUGGCCAGCAACAAACACCGUUCUACCAGACCGGCCAGCCUUUUCCUCAGGCUACUAUGACUUAUGUCGGACCCCUCGUGCAUGCUGCUCAGCAAGAGGAGGAACAAGUGUACCAUUCCAAUAGUGUGGCUGGUGAUGAUAGAGUGGGUAACUUAGAAGAAAAGUACGAUGCGGUACAUAAAGAGUUGAAGAGUAUCCGGGGUAAGGAAGUGUUUAGCCAUAAUUUGAAUGACCUCUGCUUGGUUGCGGAUGUGGUUAUACCUCCUAAGUUUAAAGUGUCGACCUUUGAGAAGUACACGGGGAAUACUUUCCCUGAAAUGCACUUAAUCAUGUAUGUUAGGAGGAUGACGGCUCAUAGGAAGAAUGAACCUCUACUCAUCUACUGUUUUCAGGACAGUUUGGCUGGUCCCGCACUCACGUGGUAUAUGAAUUUGAAGGGUAUCACUACUUUUGAGGAAUUGGCUAAUGCCUUCAUCCAGCAGUAUAAAUAUAACUCUUAUCUGGCCCCUAACCGGAAAGAGCUGCAAGCUAUGACUCAGGGUGAUAAGGAAUCUUUCAAAGAGUAUGCCCAGCGCUUCAUUCAGAAAUCUGCUCAAAUUCGUCCGCCUUUGGAAGAAAGAGAAGUGGCUGAUCUGUUCUAUGAGACUCUGAGCCCUUUCUACUCAGAGAAGAUGCUUCUUUGUGCUUCACAGAAGUUUAUCGACAUGGUAGACGCGGGUGUUCGUAUUGAAGAAUGGGUCCGUAAGGGACGGGGUAGUAAAGAUGGUGCCUCUUCAGGUGGUUAUUCAGGAAGUUUGACAAGUGGGUCAUCCAAUGGUAAUAGGAAGUUCGGAAAUGGGUACCCAAAGAAGAAUCCUCAAGAGGUCGGCAUGGUGGCUCAUGGCGGAUCCCAACCUGUAUACCCCAACUACCCCUAUGUUGCUAAUAUUCCAUCACCCAUCCCAGCUCCACAAAACCCAAACUAUCAACCACAAAGGCCUCAAGCCCACCGUCCAUAUUAUCCACCACUAUAUUUAUCACAACCUUAUCAGCCACAACCGUUUUACCAACAACCAUACUAUCCCCUUCCACCACAACAACAACAGCCUCGUCAGCCUCGUCCUCCACCACAACAACCACAGCCUCGUCAGCCUCGCCCUCCAAGAAAUCAAUUCCCUCCUAUCCCUAUGCUGUAUGGAGACUUGUUACCCUCCCUACUCGCUAGGGGUCUUGUUCAAGUUAAACCACGUCCCCCGGUGCCGAACCCUUUACCUCAUUGGUAUCGCCCAGACCUUACUUGUGAAUUCCAUCAAGGGGCACCAGGGCACGACAUUGAGCACUGUUAA